CUCCCAUCUGCAAUCGCCACAACAACUCAGCUGUCGAUUUGCAAUUAGGAACCGGUGAGCGGUGUCUGUGUCUCUCCUUCAUCAUCUAGACAUCUUUGCAAGUAAUCUUGGUACUCCUUGCAAACCUUCUUGUAUACAGUAAUAACGACAUGACGAUGAAACGACUCCAUUAGAGCGAGCGAGAUACAUCAACUCCCUGUACACGCAUCCCCACGUCCCAGCGACUUUUUGCGACAGUCGAAGAGUACCAUCAUAAUUUGACAGCACACACCUCACCGCCGUGCUUCCUGCACGACCUGCACCAUGUGGACUAGAUUCUCAGGCAAAAGCGAUGGAUCGUCCAAGGAUGAGAGUCGCCGCGACUCCAGCACGCGUCGCUCCAAACGCGCGGAGUCGACCGUCUCCUCGAGCAGCACCCGGAAGCCCAAACGAACAGACAGCGAUCCGCGACCGUCUUCAUCGCGGAGCUCCUAUCCUCCCCCUCCCGGCUCCACGGCUUCAUCGUACGCGACGGCCCGUGACGACGCUACAGAAUAUACGGCCUACGACGCCAUGCCUGCGCGCUCCGAGCGCUCGCGAGGCGUCAAUGAUGACUUGUACGACGAUCCUCGAGAUGAGCGUUCCACGCCGCGUCGAAAGGAGUCGAAGUCAUCAUCAAACCCACGAAAGGAAAGGGAAAGAUCCCGUAGUUUGGACAGAGAGGACAGGAAACGGGAUAAGGAUGGGAAGGAUAAGAAAAGGAAGACAAGCCGCUCGGAGCGCUCCAGCAGCAUGUCGCAGGUUGGCGGCUAUCGUGGUGACAUUGUAGAGAGCCCAAAGCCAGUCACCAGGACCUUUACUGGCCAGAUUAAUAGCCCUGGAUUUUCACAGUUCCCAGGCCAAACAGACUCCCCAAUGAUGUCCGGCGCAUUGCCUGUUGGGGCACAACCUCCUCAGCUGGACCCUCACGUUUCUAACCAGUUCCCUGGACAGGGCCCUGUUGAUGCAAAUCCUCAUGGCGCUGCAGCAGAUUACUAUGGUGACCAAGGUCAGAGUGUCCAACACCAGCCUGGAGUGCGUCCUCAACCGCCCUCAGUCAUAAUUGGAGCCGACACACCGCAUCUUACUUCUGCUUCCGCAGAUUUCAUCCCUGCACAAGAUACAGGAUCCGGAUCGGCGGCGGAUUUCUACAACACAGCUACUACACCUUCUAAACCCUCCAAACCUUCCUAUUCAACUAUGCCUGGCGCCUUCAACGACGACGACGAAGGCCCAGGUCCCUCCAAGCCUCCACGACCAACAUCAUCAAAACCAUCAAAACCUGCGAAACCCGCAAAACCCAGUAAGUUUAGCUCGACAGCCCCAUUGGCAGCCGGAGCUGCUUUGGGCUAUGCUUUGGGUCAUAAUUCUAGCACCCCGGAGUCUGCAUCGUACCAGCCCGCGAACGGCUUUAAUAGCAGCACCCAGGGUGCAUCUUCAUCAUUCUACCAUCAAGGUAACAAUUCCUCCAUGGGCGCCACGCAAGGUAGCUUCAUCCCUUCAUACGCCGAGACUACCGACGGUGCGCCUCCUCCAAAACCUCCUCGACCUGGCAAACCGGAAAAACACUCUUCUGGAUCCUCCCAUGCCGGGUUGUAUGCAGCUGGCGCAGCAGGCCUGGCUGCGUACGGCCUUUCCCAACACAACUCCCACUCACAUUCUCAAACUCACACUCACACGCACCAUCAUUCAUCUUCCAUGCCUGGCACAUUCCCCGGCGAACAUCACAACGGCGUCGGCCAUUCUCACGAUCCUUACAUGGGCGGAUCCAUGGGCAUGGCACAGCGACACGAGCACAGAGGACCCGUUAGCAAGUUCGUCGACUGGUGGAAGGAUUACGAAGACGUGCAGAAGAUGGAAGAGUACACCGAAUUGAUCGGAGUGUGUAGGUACUGCUUCGACCCUCGAUCAUCCGUCCUGGAAGCGCCGCGGAAGCAUCAUUACGGUCGAAAGCGGUCUACCGAAUUCGAUCGCCCACACGGCAUCGAGAAACAGUCGAGAUACGGACUAACAGAGAAAGCCUCACGAACGUCUCUGUCCGGUGACGAGAAGAGGUCCAAGAUCAAGACUUCGAGUAGCAGCAACAAGUCCGGCUGGCUCGCAGGUGGAUUGGCAGGCGCUGGUCUCGCAGCGGCUGGCAAGGCACUUUGGAGCCAGAACCGUGACGACUUCGACGAUACCUAUAGCAUCAAGUCCGGCCGUGACUCGCGUACACGAGUCGCAAGGAGAAGUCGAAGCCGGUCUGACGAACGCAACCGAAAGCGCUACUCGUAUGGCAGUUCUGAUUAUCGACGCAGGAGCCGUUCCGGGGAUCGCGUUUCUGUGAUGUCAACGGGCGUCACGGGUGGCCGGAAAGACUACAAGAUCGUACGUCGCUACUCGGACGAAUCGAGGUCUCGAUCACACUCGAGGGAUCGCAAGUCAGGCAUCAUCGGCGCAGCCAUGGGGGCCGGCCUCGCCGCGACCGCCAUUUCUGCUGUAACAGGCUCUUCAUCGCAGAAGAAGCGACCAAACCGAAGCCGAUCGGUCUCUCCCCAGAAGAUCCAAGUCCGCCACAGACGUGAGUCCACCGACUACGAGCGCAGACAAGCCAAGUCACGCCGCUCCUCCCGCAGCUCGAUCACCUCUGGCUCUUUCGUCGAUGUCUCGCAACCCUCGAGGCCGCAGAGUGGUUUCCUAGGCGGCUUCUUCGCUGCUCCCCAACCUAAGGAGAAGCGGAAGAAGAGCAGCGCUUCGCAUGCUAAAAAGAAGAAGGGCUUCUUCAAUUUCGGCAACGGAUCCUCGUCAUCUUCUGAUUCCCCUCUCGCAUUCGGCGCAGGUUACGUCAAGCCUCGCAAGCGGGUGUCUCGCAAGUCGUCCGAGGAGAAACUCAAGGCGACACUCGCUGGACUGGGCGCUACCGCAGCGGCCAUUGCAGCCGCAAAAGCCGUACGUAACGGCAAAGGUAACCGCCACGGACCAGAAGUCGUAGCUGUCCGUGAGAACCGCCCUGGCCGUGGUCGACACUCAGGCCGACACUCCAGGGUCUCUGUAGAUGACGAUGGGUGGGAGUCUCUCCCCGAGGAUGACACUUCUGAUUCCUCGAGUGUGAACUCUGGUCUCGCUUUUGGCAGUCUUUAUGGACGAAGCCAAGAGUCUCUUGUCUCAAACGGUUCCGGCACGAACAAGUGGGGAUGGCGAUGGGGAAGCAAGAAGCAGAAGAAGAAGCCUUCUACUGACAACCUGUACAACUCUGCAAACAACUCGUCGAUCGCCGGCCCUGCGAUAGCUGGCGUCGCUGCUGGCGCCGCGGUAGGUACUAUGAUGGGUCGGCACGACAGUGAAACGAGCAGUGUCCCCACUCUGCAAUCAGUCUAUCCUGUACAAUCCUCUGACCCUACUUCCUUUGAUGCUAGAAGGAACAGCUACGGUCCUACUCCUCAACCUAUAGUCACCUCGCGACCCGAUGGUAUCAACCUGCAGCAGCCUCAACCCAUCCAUCAGGUACCAGGAGCGAUAUACUCAACGCAGACAGGUCCUCCACCAGCAUACACCGCGCCAUCUGGCUUUCCCGCAUUCUCUCAAGGGUAUACCCCUGGAUUCGUUGAAUCUCCCGAAGACGAGAAGCCACCACCUCUCCCACGACGAACUAAAUCCUCUCCCAUUCAAAGCUCUUCAUCAUUCAAGAAAGACGCUGCCAUUGUGGGAGGUGUCGCCGCUCUCAGCGCUGCCGCCUUCACUGCCGCCAAAGCGAAAGAACGCCAGAGAAUCGCCUCUCCCACCUCCAACGUCCGCUUCGAGCUGACGAAGGAGCAAGCGAGAAAGGAAGAGCGAGAGCGACGCAGAGAAUCGGACCGCGAGGAGGAAGAGCAGCGCAAGCGCAAGCUCGAGCGCGAGCGCUACGAAGAAGAGGACCGCCAGCGCCGCGAACAACAGCGUCGCGAAGAAGAGGACCGCCAACGCCGAGAACAGCUCCGUCGCGAAGAAGAAGCCCGCCGCGACGAGGAGGACCGCCGCCGCCGAGAAUUGCAGCGCCAACAAGAAGAAGCCCGCAAGUACGAAGCCGAACGUCUAGCCGGCAUCGAAGCCACGCGACUCGAGGACGUCCGGAGACGCGAGCGUGCGGAAAGGCGCGAGCGCGACGCAAGAGAGGCCAGGGAGGCGCAGGAAAAGGAGCGCAGAGACCGCGAGGCUGCUCUUCUCGAAGCCCAUCGGCAAGAAGACUUGCGCCGCGAGGCCGAGCAGAUCGAACGCGAACGACGGGAGGCAGAUCGACGCGAUGCCGAGAUUCGCGCAGACUCCGAUCGUCGUCAACAAGAGCGAGAGCGUGAGGCGGCGCUGGCUGCCCUCGAGCGACAGUAUAGCAGCGAUCGCGAUCGAUACACGAAGCCACUGGAGCAGCAGCGCACAGGAAGCUCGGUGACCACCGAUGUUCGAAGGAGAGAAGAUGAACUCCGAGAGCGCGAACGCGAUAUCGUUCAACCCGAUACUUGGAAGCAAACCGCCGCCGCCGCAACUGUCGCCGGAGCAGCUGCAGCUAUCACAUCGGCAGCCAUCUCCUCCUCGAAGAAAUCCUCUGCAAAGAAGUCGGAACCUGCUGUCAAGAAGAUCGAACCCAGCAGGAUCGUCCAAGAUUACGCAGAUGACGACAUCUUCGAUCCCAAUCUAUUCAAGAAGGCCAAGACGCCAGCCAACGCGCGUGAGGUCUACGAAGACUGGGAAGAUCGAUACAAGGAGAAGCCCGUGUCGCAAGCUGACUUCUUCGCUCCGAAAGAGCUUCUAGAUCAUACUGUCUCCUCCCCUAAGAUCGAUCCUAAUGCAGGCGAUACUACUAUCCACGUCUCCCAAGCUCAUGAGGACGAAACAGCUGGACCCCGGGUCCCACCCUAUCCUCCCUCGUACUCAUUCACCGCUACCAAAGACGGCGGCUCAUCCCUCCAAUGGGCCGUCCCUAGCUUAAAUCUCAUCCAGCCUACUCCCCCAGGCAGUCGAGCACCAUCCGAACGCGCAGUCUCACUACCCCCAUCUCCCGCCAUCGAACCAACGAAAGAGCCCGCGACCGAGCCGAUCCCCAGGCACGAAGAGCUGAAGCAAGACGAUAGUCCAAAAGCACGUUCGCGAGUGAGUUGGGGUGAGAACCAGUUUCACAACUACGAAGUCCCCACGCCUGAUUCGUACCGCGAGCAAUUCAUCUCUAGUAGCGACCUGGGCGAUCGCAAACGACAGGAUCAUGACGAGGUAGUCGUAGAGGCCGAGUCGCCCAAGUCGGGUAAGAAGACGACUUCGUAUCGUCCAGACAAGGAAAUCACGCGCUCUGAAGUCCCCGAAGUCCCAUCAAGCACUCAGUACGUUCCCAAUCAGGAAGAGGAUAGCUGGGCGGACACCGUGUCCAAGAAGAGCUCCAAGAAGGACAAAAAGAAAGCCAAAGCUGAAGCCAAAGCUGAAGCCAUCGCGGCUGCAGCCGUUCCUUCCCAAAUCCGAGAAACUGUAUCUUCGCCGGUACAGGAAGACGACGGCUGGGGCGACUAUUCAACAUCGAAGCUCAGCAAGAAGUCAAAGAAGAAGGACGCCAAAGCAGCAGCAGCAACGGCCGCAAUUGCGGCCGCUGCUGCCGCGGCCGCCUCGACCGCGGUCUGGGAUGACAAGCCCAAGUCUGAGGUAUCAACCACCUCUACCUCGCGAGACAAUCCCUUCGCCGAUUUCAAUGCCACGCCUUCGUACGUGGCUUCAGCGGGUAGACCCGCUCGAUCUUCCUCUUCCUACGAUGAUGGAAAGUCUGAUGUUAGCACUGUCAUUCAACGACCUUCAAGCAGCUCCUACACAGCGCCAUAUCCGGACGAUAAGUCUGAUGUCAGUACAGUCAUUCGACGUCCAUCUGGCAGCUCUCAACCGCCAUAUCCAGAUGAUGGAAAGUCUGACGUCAGUACGGUCAUCCAUCAUCCACCGAAACCUUCCUAUGAGACUCCUUAUCCAGAUGAUACAGUCUCCAAUGUCAGCACUGCCAUCUACCGACCAAAAGACGCUCCAUCAGACGUUCGCACGAAGGAGAGUGACCAGCCACACAUUCCUGGUAGCUUCGAAGAGGAUUCGCCCAUCCUGCCGACCGACGAAGACGACUGGGCAGCCUCGGCCAAGAAGGGCAAGAAAAGCAAGAAGAAGUCCAAGAGCACCGAGGCAGAGAUCGUCUCUCCUGAAGCCCAGCGCAUCAUCGAAGAGCCCACUAUUUCCAAGUCGAUACCAACAGUUGUACCCGAACCCGUCAAGGAAGUCAUCCCGGAACCGGAAGUCAAACUCAGCAAGAAGGACAAGAAGAAAAAGGCCAAGGCCGCUAAACGCCAGAGCCUCAACGAUGCGGAUGGAUCUGACUCCAGCCCGGCUCAGACGCCGGUGAUAGAGCGUGACAUUAGGGACAUUGAGCCCGUUUACUCUGCAUACACACUCCCACCCGAACGCAAGGAAGAGCACAAGCCUGUUGUAGAGGGACCGCCAUACACAGCCUAUUCGCCCAGACCCGCGGAUUCAUAUGAGGAUCGUGAGCGCCACGAAAGCUCCUCUUCCCGUGAUAAGUCCUCCAGCAGCAGCAGCAGUGCCGUGAAGGCUGGCCUUGCCGGAGGCUUCGCAGGGCUCGUGUACUCAGCCAUGCAACAGGACCAAGACAGAAUGUCAUCAGAUCUAGACCAUGCCAGGCAGAACUUGGAGACCGCUCAGAAGCGCAGCGAAGAGAGGUCAACAUCCAACGGUAAUCGAAGCUACGAUGAAUCCGAUAAGAAGACUUCGUAUUCCAGCACUACCCAAAAUGACGUCGAGGAUCCGUCUGAUCUUGUGGACUCCUCGAAGCGAAAGAAGGAAAGGAAGGCUAAGCGACAAAGUGGUCAGUGGUCGCCUUCCGUUGGAUCACCGCUCCGAUCGGAAGUUUCGUAUAGCGACUACAUUGGCAAGCCUCCGGGCGAAUCCUCGCUGUCUAGAGAGCACAGAGAGACAACAUCUACGUCUCGUCCCGUGACGCCAAAGGAACAAACCUAUAGUGAUUCGUGGGGCCCCGUGACAGAGCCAUCGGCUCCAUCAUCAGUUGGAACCGUUGUGCGAGAUCUCGAGCACCGCCCCUCUAGCGAGAAGCAGGUCGAAGGAACAGUCGAAAGGGACUCGGACGAGUUCUUCUCUGCCGGCUCGGAUGAGAAGAAGAAGUCCCCAACCGAAAAGUCACCCAAGUCAGAGAAGUCGCCCAAAUCGCCCAAAUCAGUCCGGUACGAAGACCGAGACGCCCGCGAAGAGCGCGACGACCGCGACAACCGAUCGGUAAUCAGCUCGGGAAGUCGAAAUGAAGACGACUACGACCGCGAGGAGCGACGCCGCCGACGCCGCGAGCAGCGCGAAUUCGAACGGGAGCUCGAACGACGUGAUCGCAACGGCAGCGAGGAUCGCGGAUACGCUCUAGAAGACGGCGAGAGCAAGAGGAGACACCAUCGACGCCGCGAGACGGACGAGCGCAGCGACGACUGGGACACUCGAUCCGCCAUCUCCGAGGCGCGUUCGGAAGCCAAUGGCGAGCGCAAACGCAGGCACAAGAGGCAUGAGAGCGAGAGGAAUGGCUCGCCUGACACCCGCAUUCGAUCGAGGUCUUCCGCAGCUUCUGAGCCCGGCGACCUGUACGAUCGCGACAGGAAAUCAUCGUCGCGACGUAGUUCGAGAAGGGAGGGCGACUUCGACGACAACGCGUCCAUGAUAUCUACAUCGUCGAGGUACGACGAGGAUCGCAGCUCCAAGAGGGAGAAGGAGAAGGAAAAGGAGAAGAGGUCUAGCGGUCUUUUUGGUUUGUUCAGCAAGUCGAAGGAGAGCCUCGUCGAUACCUCGAGCAGAUCUUCCAAAUCGCGACGCGAGGAAGAGGAGGAUGAAGAGAGAAGGCAUCGCAGGAGGAAACAUCGCUCCGACCGUGGCUCGACAUACGGCUCGGACGAUGAUGACGCACGCUCGACCGUGUCGUCUAGCUCCCGUCGCGAGAAACGAAGGAGCCGUACCGACAGCAGGGAUGGCGAAGACGCCUUCGAUGCAAAGGUACAUUGAUUUUUUUGUCCCUUUUUAGCAUUGCAUGUGUAUCUUGCUUUGAAGAGUUUCGUUUUGUUGCCGUUUGUAUAUAAUACUAAGACAUUGUUGUACAG